CGGUCUCGAAAGACGGACAAACUUUUUCGGUCCAUAGUUAGAACACAAACACUACUUUGUUACCAUCUUUCCUCCAUAAAUAACUCCACUCUCAUCACUUUCUCUGAAGAACACGAAGUCACAAACACUAGGAACACUGGAACACUCACAUUUUCAGGGAGAAGGAAAUUAACCAUGGAAGGGAAGCAAGAGGACGUUAAGGUGGGAGCUAACAAGUUCCCGGAGAGGCAACCCAUAGGGACAUCGGCGCAGACGGACAAGGACUACAAGGAGCCACCGCCGGCUCCACUCUUUGAGCCAGGGGAGCUCAAGUCAUGGUCCUUUUGGAGGGCUGGAAUUGCCGAGUUCAUUGCCACUUUCCUGUUCCUUUACAUCACUCUGUUGACUGUGAUGGGUGUUAGCAGGGCAAACAACAAAUGUGCCACUGUGGGCAUUCAGGGCAUUGCUUGGGCUUUUGGUGGCAUGAUCUUUGCCCUUGUUUACUGCACUGCUGGUAUCUCAGGUGGGCAUAUAAACCCAGCUGUGACAUUUGGUCUCUUCCUGGCAAGGAAGCUGUCCUUGACCAGGGCCAUUUUCUACAUGGUAAUGCAAUGCCUUGGAGCAAUCUGUGGUGCUGGGGUUGUGAAGGGAUUCCAACCAUCAAAGUAUGAGCUGCUCGGUGGUGGAGCCAAUGUUGUCAGCCAUGGCUAUACCAAGGGCGAUGGCCUUGGUGCCGAGAUUGUUGGCACCUUUGUGCUUGUCUACACUGUUUUCUCUGCAACUGAUGCCAAGAGGAAUGCCAGAGACUCCCAUGUCCCUAUAUUGGCUCCACUUCCUAUUGGCUUUGCAGUAUUUCUGGUUCACUUAGCAACCAUCCCCAUCACUGGGACAGGCAUCAACCCAGCCAGGAGCCUUGGAGCUGCCAUUAUCUACAACAAGGACCAUGCCUGGGACGACCACUGGAUCUUCUGGGUUGGACCCUUCAUCGGUGCAGCACUUGCAGCUCUUUACCACCAGAUAGUCAUCAGAGCCAUUCCAUUUAAGACCAGAGCUUGAAAAGGCCAAUCCUUAUCUCAUCAUCUGUGUUUACCAUGUAAUUUUAUUUUUUCUUGAACUGGGAUUGAGAAUCAUGUGUGAAAAUUAUGCAUACCAAUUGGUUGUAUUUAACCCCACAAGUUUCUUCGUUAUUGGAUUUUCUCACUCAACAUCAUGGUUGAUUGUCUGCACAAGGUUGUUUUUCUUGUU